CACCUCAGCCUCCCAGAUUGCUAGGAUUACAGGUGUGAGCCACCAUGCCUGGCCUUCAAUAGAUGGUUAUGAUGAGAAUGAGGGACACAAGAACUGUCAUGUCAGAAGGUUUUUCAAAGAUGAAAGUGACCUUAUCAGCUUUGGAUACUCACGAGAGUUCUUUCACGCCUUUGGUGGUCAUAGAACUUGCUCAGGAUGUGAAAGAAGAAACCAAAGAAUGGCUGAAAAACAGAAUUAUUGCUAAAAAAAAAGAUGGUGGUGCCCAGUUGUUGUUUAGACCAUUGUUAAAUAAAUAUGAGAGAGAGACACUAGAAAAUCAGAACUUAUAUCUUGUUGGUGCCUCCAAGAUUAGACUGUUACUGGGAGCAGAAGCAGUGGGAUUGGUGAAAGAGUGCCAUGAUAACACCAUGAGAGCCUUCACAUACGGGACUCGACAGAAUUUCAAAGGUUUUGAUGAUAACAAUGAUGAUUUCCUCACAAUGGCAGAAUGUCAAUUCAUUAUCAAACAUGAACUUGAAAAUCUUAGAGCUAAAGAUGAAAAAAUGAUCCCUGGUUACCCCCAAGCAAAGUUGUAUCCAGGAAAAUCAUUAUUGAGAAGAUUGCUGACGUCUGGCAUCGUGAUUCAGGUGUUUCCACUGCAUGAUAAUGAAGCCCUGAAGAAGCUUGAGGACACCUGGUACACGCGGCUUACUUUAAAGUAUCAGCCUAUAGACAAUAUUCGUGGCUACUUCGGGGAAACCAUUGCUCUUUACUUUGGAUUUUUGGAAUAUUUCACUUUUGCCUUAAUCCCCAUGGCCGUCAUUGGGUUACCUUACUACUUGUUUGUGUGGGAAGAUUAUGACAAGUAUGUGAUCUUCGCCUCAUUCAACCUGAUCUGGUCCACGGUGAUCCUGGAAGUGUGGAAGCGUGGCUGUGCCAACAUGACCUACCGGUGGGGGACACUGGUCAUGAAGAGACAGUUUGAGGAGCCGCGGCCAGGAUUUCAUGGCGUUCUGGGUGUCAAUUCCAUCACUGGCAGGGAGGAACCUCUCUACCCAAGCUACAAGAGACAGUUGCGCAUUUACCUGGUCUCUCUGCCAUUUGUGUGCUUCUGUCUCUAUUUCUCUCUUUAUGUCAUGAUGAUUUACUUCGACAUGGAGAUCUGGGCCUUGGGUCUACAUGAGAAUAGUGAGUCUGAGUGGACCAGUGUCUUGCUGUAUGUGCCCAGCAUCAUCUAUGCCAUUGUGAUUGAGAUCAUGAACCGCCUCUAUCGAUAUGCUGCUGAGUUUUUAACUUCAUGGGAGAAUCACAGAUUGGAAUCUGCCUAUCAGAAUCACCUAAUUCUGAAAGUUUUAGUGUUCAACUUUCUAAAUUGCUUCGCCUCACUUUUCUACAUUGCCUUUGUCCUGAAGGAUAUGAAGCUUUUGCGCCAGAGCCUGGCCACUCUCCUGAUUACCUCCCAGAUCCUUAACCAAAUCGUGGAAUCUCUUCUUCCUUAUUGGCUCCAAAAGAAGCAUGGUGUGCAGGUGAAGAGGAAGGUGCAGGCUUUAAAGGCAGACAUUGAUGCUACGUUAUAUGAACAAGUCAUCCUGGAAAAAGAAAUGGGAACUUACAUGGGUACCUUCGAUGAUUACUUGGAGUUAUUCCUGCAGUUUGGUUAUGUGAGCCUUUUCUCCUGUGUUUAUCCAUUAGCAGCUGCCUUUGCUGUAUUAAAUAACUUCACUGAAGUCAAUUCAGAUGCCUUAAAAAUGUGCAGGGUCUUCAAACGUCCGUUCUCAGAACCUUCAGCCAGUAUUGGUGUAUGGCAGUUGGCUUUUGAAACAAUGAGUGUUAUAUCUGUGGUCACUAACUGUGCUCUCAUUGGAAUGUCACCUCAAGUGAAUGCAGUCUUUCCAGAGUCAAAAACAGACCUCAUUUUGAUUGUAGUAGCAGUGGAGCAUGCGCUUCUGGCUUUAAAGUUUAUACUGGCAUUUGCUAUACCUGAUAAACCGCAGCAUAUCCAGGUGAAACUAGCCAGAUUGGAAUUUGAAUCUCUGGAGGCACUCAAGCAGCAGGUCUAGAGGACUGCUGAGCACCCCUGCUGUUUUGUGACUCUGCUCACCUGCACACCUCCCUCUGUGGUCAGCUUCACAGACCCCACCUCCUGAGGAAAGCCUUCCCCUCCUUGUGUGACAUAGGGCCUAGUGCCCAUUUCUGCACAUUCACCCUGCUGUAGUUGGUUCUGCUUCGGCUUCCCUGUAAACACCCUAUAUAAAUUGCUACUUGUCCAAUUGUUUCCAAAGCAAAAUUUCCCCAAGGGUCAGGCAAUGCCUCACCCCAAGUCCCCUCACCCACAGGCCUGGUGCCCAGCAGACUCUAAAUAAAUCUAUGCUUAAUCAAACUGAGUUUGUUGACUCAUACAUAGUUCAGAAGCCAAUAUAUUAAAUAAAUGGCAAAUGAUGUCCUUGGACAAAAAAAGAAGAGUCUUAAAAUAGAUACUUGACAAAAAUGGAAACAAGCUCAUAUGCCUUUCUGGGAUCACUGGGGAAGAGAACACAUUCUGAGAAAUUACAUGUGAGCACUUUACAAGGACCCCAAAGCUAGCCUCAGUAAAGUUCCAAUCCUAUUUUUUUUCUUAAAACUGACUGUGGCUGAUAUUGGUAACAAGGGUAACUCCCUAAGACUAUAAAAUAGACCCAGGUCAAGCCAGAUAGAAUUCUAAACAGUUUGUACUUUGUACUUGUUAGCUAGAAAACUAGCUAACAAAUCCAGGCUCUAGAACAGCCAUUCUCUUACCACUGAUUGGUAGACCACACCUGCGCCCCAUCCCUGUAUUUUCUUUUCUUGCUAGAGAAAAAUUCUUUAAAGUGCAUGGAGGCAUCCAGAUAGUACAAGAAGACUACAGCUUUUGUGAUCAUUUUUAUCUUCCUCAGUAAACAAUCUAUGUAAAUUGCUAUUUAUCUCAUUGUUUUUCAAAGCAAAAUUUAAAAUUUAUGUAUUUUAAUUUCUCUCCCCCAAUAUAAGAAACAGGGCCAAAGGAGAACCAGAUUUAUUCUUACUUGUGGAAACUACUAAAUAGGCCAUGAAAUGGGAUAAAAUUUAGCAUUUUUCUAGUCACUAUGUUGGCAGAUGUGAAGAUAGGAGGCUCUGGGGCACAGGUCCACUCCCCAGAGAAAGGCCUCGGCCACCGGGCAGUAGAUGUGAUGCCCGUGGGCUCUGGACCAUGUUCACGUGUCAUUAAAAUGUAUCUGCACUUGUAAAGAAAAAGUCACCCAUAAUAAAUUAUUUUAGAGAUUUCAGAAUGUUUACAACUGUAUAUUUAAAAACAAAUAGACAUAUAUUUUUUUAAGUUGAAGAACUUUAAGAGUUCCAAUCUCAGAUUCUGUAUUAGAUUAAUAAUUACAUUGCCUGGAGGACUGACACGUGAGAGUAGCGGUUCCUUUUGCAGGUCAUUGCCUGGGAUUGACUGUUAUGUAUCCAUUUAUUUACUUUCCACUAAAUGUUCUAGGAUAUUAAAAGAUUACAUUGUUAAUGAAAAGAGUUAUGAGGAUGGAUGGUGGUGAUAGUUAUAUUUAUUACCACUGAACUGGACACUGAAAAAUGGCCUAAGAUGGUAAAUUUUGUUACAUGUAUUUUACCACAAUAAAAAAAAAUAAUAAAAAUUUUAAAAAACAUUAUACCAUUGACACAUCAAGUUUAAAGAUUUUUAUCUGUGGCUACUAGACUAGAAGCUUUUGGGGAACAGGAUUACUGUUUGCAUUUUAUGUUUGUUGAGUGAGUCUUUAAGUGAAUAUUAUUAAAGUUAAAGCCCAUCCCUUUGCGUGUUUUUCUACUGAAUGCUAGUCCCGUGACUUUGAAAUUACCCUGUAUGUGUUAUUUUUCAUAUUAGAUUCAGGAAACCAUUAUUCAAUACUUACAAUGUGUAGGAAACCACACUUUUUUAAAACCUUUUGUUUUUAAUUACUAGUAAAUUGCUAAAAUAGGAAACCUUUUAUUUAACAUAAUAAACAGUAUUGUUUUUCCAUUGCUUUCCAGUGCUACUAGAUCUUGCGAAUAUGAUUGCAUAUCUUACCAUGCAGUGAAUGUAGACCAGAGAGAUUGGGCUGAAAAUACAGUGAUUGAUAGAUGAGGAAAUUUAGACUUUUAAAGUAAAUCCCUAAGAACAGCACAUUUGGUGGUUUGUCUCUUUCUCCUAAGAAUAGAAUGUAGAAAACAAGAAAUGUUUGGAUUUAAGAACACUUUGAAACACCAUAAAUUAAUAGAAAAUAAUCACUUCACACUAAGAAUGGUUUUGAGAACAUAAAUAGUAAUAUUACAGUGAAUCCAUAUAUAAGUCAAAAUGAAAAUACAGAUACUAAAAUUCAGCAACAAACAUUGAGUAUAUUCUAUGAUCAAAGCACAAAAAUAUAACAUAUCAAAAAUUCCCUGUAUUAUAUAAUUCUCAAAUGUUAGAGUUGAAAAAUUCUAUAGAAAUGAUCUUGUCCCAAACCCUGAUUUUAUAGAUUAAAAAUGAGCCUCUAACUGUGGUUGUCAGCUUCCAAGGUGGUCUCUAGUGAUCCCUGCCUCCAAGUAUUUAUACCCCUGUGGAGUCCCCUCCCACCGUGUGUCUUGGCUGGUGUGUGUGACCAGUAGAGAGAAUACUGCAGAAAUGAUAUUUUUCUCUUCUGAGGCUAGGUCAUAAAAAACAUGAUGCCUUCUGCCUUCUUAUCCCUCUUGAAUCACUUGCUCUUGGGAAGCUAGCUGCCAUGUUGUAAAGACGCUCAAGCAGCCAGUGGAGAGCCCCACAGGACUAGGAACAUGACCUAUUGCCAACAGCCAUGUGAGCAAACGAUCUUAGAAGCAGAUUCUAUGAGCCAGGAGAUAGCAAACCUUUUCUAUAAAGGGCCAAAUAGUAAAUAUUUUAGGCAUGUCAGCCAUACAGUGUCUAUCACACCUACUCAAUUCUGACAUUGUAGUACAAUAACAGCUGUAGAUUUUAUAUAUAUAUAUAAAAGAGAGUGGCUUUGUUCCAAUAAAACUUUAUUUACAAAAACAGGCUGUGAGCCACAUUUAGCCUAUGGAUGGUAAAUUGCCAUUCCCUCCUUUAGCCUUGGUUAAGUCUUCAGAUGACUACAGCUCGUGCCUUCAUCCUGACUACAGCUUCGUUAGAGGCUCCAAGCCAGAGCCACCAGCUGCUUCCAAAUUCCUGACCCAUGGAAAGUGUGAGAUAAUAAAUGCUUGCCAUCUUAAGCUACUAAAUUUUGGGGUAAUUUGUUAUAUAGUAAUAGAUAACUAAUGCCUCAGUAAUCCAAGAAUGGAGGCUGUGUGAGAAAUGAACCAAGUUUGGCUGUGAGUGAUGUUGAAGCUAGGUGAUGGUCCAUGGAGGUUCAUUAUCCUCUCUACUUCUGCAUAAUGAGAAGUUAAAAGAAAAAAAGGAAAAGAAGGAUAAGUGGUUUGUCUAAAAUCAGACAAUCAGUAAAUCACAAAGUCUUUGUCUCUUAAGCCCUGUGUUCUCUUGGGUACCUCUCCCUCCUAGUAAGAGCCCAUAUUUAGCCAUUUGGUUAAAUUUUCCCCCAAAUUCUUUACCUCCUUAUUAUCUCCAAGUUAACAUCCAAGAUAAUUCUUUGGAUUUUGGUAUCAUUGCUGUUGUUGAACCAUCCUUGAGGCCUCUUUAUAUUAUAGACUCUAAAACUAUCCCUGAGAGACGGAGCCUUCUUCAGACAUCUACAAAGUUUUACCUCAGUGUGACCUGGAACAUACUAAUACUGGAAAUUUACAUUCAUAUGUAACUUUGCUGGUGACAGAGCACUAGCAAUCCAUUAUCUUAAUUAAUCCUCACACAGGCUAUAAGGAUAGAACUGUCAGAUCUCACUACAGCAUUUUAUUUUUGACUUUCAAUAAAAUAAAUGCACUAUGUGAAAAUGCCUAGCACAGUGCUUGGCACAUAGUAGGUUCUACAUAAAUCAGUGAGUUUACCUUCAUUUUAAAAUCCAUUUGAAAUUGGAAAUGAUCCUAGAAGGGUUUUAAUUGGCAUUAUAAAUAAAUUCUUGAGUUGAUUGUUAGGUACGCAAAAUGGAUGUUUGAAAUAACUUGGUUUUUGGUUGUACCUACCUCCCCAGAGUGGUUGAUUAAUGACAGUAAUCUGAAUUUGGUUGGAUCAAGAGGGUGAUUCUGGAUUAUUCUAAUCCUGUGGUUUUUUUAGGAUAACGAGGAAAUAAGAUUUAGUAUUGAAUUUUGACAGUGUCAUGCAUUCAGGACUUUUAACCAGAUGUCCCUGGUAUGUCACUUAAAAAUGAGAUAAAAUUAUAUGAACAAGGCCUCACAAGAAAGUGGUGGGAGAGCAAAAAGCAGAAUACCAGAACACUAAAUGCCAUUGGAUUAUGAAAUUCAAUUCACAAACAUCAUUUCCUCUCCUUUUUCCCUUCAAAAGUCUGUUUAAUGUUGUAUUUUCCUACUCUAAAAAUGUAGUUGGAACAAGUAAAAUUUUUCCCCCAUAAAUUUCUGAGUUUUCAUUUUUUAUUUUUGGUGGCUAGCCUUUUAGAUAGAGUUUACAAGGCAGUUAUUAUUUGCCUGGUAACUUAUCAGGACUGUAAUUUUAAAUUCUUAAUCUCCCCCCAAAUCAAUUUGAAAAAAAAUUCUCUUACCAGUUUUUAUCAGUAAAAUAAAUGGAUCUUAGUAUUCUACCCAGUUCUUCAUCCAGGUUGCUUUAAGCAGUGUUUAUAUGGGUAGAUUUGCAGACUCUUUUGUUUGAAUUGUCCUAAAAAAAAAAUGAUAGGCAUAUUUUUAAUUUGCAAGUCUGGUUUUAGUCACAGGCACAAGAGAAAAUGAACUGCCAAAUGUCUGGAAAAUAUAGCUUCAACCCCUUUUACUUUCACAUGUGACUAAAUAUUGUUUUGAUUAGAAACAGAAUAUAUCUAGGUUGUUUUUUUUUGUUUUUUUUUUGUUUUUUUUACUUCUUGGACUCAUGAAUUCACUUUUUUUAAUGUGUGUUAUGGAAAACCAUUUCCAAAAACAUCAAUCUAGGUUAUUUAAACCAUCCAUGAUAACUGUCCACAAAUCAUUUCUGUGAAAAUGAUGUGUAUGAUUUAACAAUUGCAAUAAAAGAAUCUUGCUAAGGAAUUGUCAUUUUUAUUCGGUCUGUACCAAAACAUUGGCCUUAAAUGAAGCAUUUUGAUUAGCUGAGGACAUAAUCAAAAUACACCAAGAGCAGGGUGGUGGUUUGCAUGCCUUGGUGUUAAUUAAAUGUCUGUUGGAGUCAGGUAUAUUUGUCUUCAGAAUGCGAGCUUUUGCCAUUACUAAGUAACUCUGGGCAAGUUUCCAAACAUCUCUGGGUCUCAGUUUCUUCCUCUGUAAAAUGGGUAUAAAGAUAAGAACAACCACACAGAAUGAGCAAAUAUAGUCAAGCCCAGGUCAGUGACUCUAAGUCUAUGGCUUUUCCCACCAUAUCACUAUCUGGAAGAUGCAGAGUGAACAGUGCAGAUGGAUCUUAAUAACACAGAAUUCUUGAUUAAGUGUUAAUGAAGAACUUCUUGAUCAUUAGGGGAUAAAAUACUUCCAUCCUGCUAGAUGGGCUGUUUUAAUAUUCCAGCCUUAGAGAUCUUCCGGAGGAGAAGCCCCUACCUACUUUAGAGAUUACCUGCUUUCUGGCAAAAAGCAGUCUCAGAUCCCUUCCAACCCUAUAAUUCCUUUAAAAUAUUUGCUAUUGAGCUAUAUUUUAACCCCAAACAGGUCAUGUUGAAAUGCUAAUUAACCAAAAUUAAUUUGGAUUUCAAAUGAAUUUCUGGAAACGAAGAGUGGUAUAAAGUCACACUGGGAAGUGGCCUUCCUUCAGAAAUUACUAGGAAGCUCUUAUUGAACAGCUCUUUUUGGGCUCAAGCUUGAAAGAGUAAGUUUGCUCUUUUGGUAGCAGAAUUCCCAGAGUCCUUGAUCUGAAAUAAAUUAGAGCAUGGAGUGUCCAAAAGAAUAAUGAUAUUAGUUUAACAGGAUAGAAUUGAGCUCCAAGUAUAGUAUGCUAUAUAAUCUUACAUGUAUAUCAAUCACUAUUAAUUUUUUUGCUCCUUUCUGCCCAUUUUCAUCACUUCUUUUUUCUGUUUUUCAAGAAAGGGCAAAGGGCUAACUAAGUGGACAGAGCAGCCAUUCUUUGCAUCUGAUGUUAUCUGAAUGCCCUUCUUUUAACUUUCUUUUCUAUUUUUUUUUUUUUUUUGUAUUUGUGCUAUAUU